CAAUUCUUAAUUCAAAUUCAUUAGUGGAAUGGUAUUUGGUGCUCAUCGAAUCCUCAUAUUUUCCAUACACAACACAUAGCGUCAGACAAUGAAUUUCCUUGAGAACUUGUAUUAUGAAAAUAGCUUAAACAAAAACGCUAAAUAUUAUGUAACUUGCAUAUAAAGGUUAUUUAGAAUAUAUUUGAAUAAUUAAACAAUUUAGAUAUAAAUCGUUAUUCAUAUCUGUGCGAAAAACAAUCUUGCCUGAUAUUUGUCUUGCUUAUGCUUUUAUGUCAUCAGUUUGAUUCGGUCAGAGUUGCUUGAAACAGCACAAGAGUACGAUGUUACAGUUAGGUUGCAUCAAUAGAAAAUUAUGUCUCUGUCACCUGAGGUUUUGCUAUCAAAGGCAUCACGAGAAAAGUGUAUUGCAAAAUUAAAGGAACUGCCAACUUAUACUACAGAGUCGAGUACAAACCUAAAGUACAAGGCAGCAGUUUUGGUGCCUCUAUUUGUACAGAAUGGUGAAGUUCAUAUAUUGUACACUGUCAGAUCUUCUAAGUUGAGAACUUUUAGCGGUCAAGUGGUAUUUCCAGGUGGAAAAGUGGAGGGUACUGAAGGCGUUAUCGAGACAGCUUUAAGAGAAACCGAAGAAGAAAUCGGCAUUUCUGCGAAUUCUAUAGAUAUAUGGUCAGCCAUGUCCCCAAUGCAAAGUUCACAAAAGGACAUGUAUAUAACCCCAGUAGUCGGAUUUAUUAAGGACUUGGAUAUUAAAAAAUUACGUCCAAAUAUUCAUGAGGUUGAAGAAAUAUUUUCAGUGCCUAUUUCAGCGUUAUGUGAUAGAAAAAACCAGGGGUAUUUAUUAUAUAAAGGACAACCCUAUCCAUUAUUUACAUAUGGUAAACACAUAAUUUGGGGAAACGCAGGUAUCGCUACAUGUAUAUUUCUAAAUUGUUUCUUACCCAGUGAAUUGUAUCAAUUCGACUUAUUGGGAAAAAGCUUCACAUAUGAAGAGCUUAUGCGGUCAAAACUGUAAAAGCACUUUCUGAAUACUUACGUCUAUACUCGUACUCGUAUCUUUUUCUAUUUGAUUCUUUUAUUAAACAGGUCAAAUUCUGUAAAUUGAAGAUAUUUUGAAAAUAUUUGUUGGAGAGCCCUAUACAAUCGAUACUGAAGCCAAAAAUGUAUUAUUUUUUGUAUGUCUGUCCGAGUUUUUGUUGACCUGGCAUCAUGCUAAAAUUUAAUUUACUUUAAGUAUAUAAGAUAUAAUGAAGUUUUAAUAAAAUUGAUAAA